GCGCCAAACCCCCCCCCGGCGAUGGCGGGUAGAAUCAAGGGCCGGGUUUCGGCGGCUUUUAAGAUGCACGGAUUGCUCCUGCGAUCCAACGCCACAGUCUAUCUCGUCGAGGUGCUCGAGUCGGUCGCUGAGCUGGAGCUGGAGGAUGCCAUUGAACGGAUCGUCGAUGCUGUUGAAAAGCAGCCGCUGAAAUGCAACAUGAUUGAACAGUCGAUGGUGGAGGCAGCAGUCCAGGAAUGCAGUCAGACGUGUGAUGAAACUAUGGAACACGUUUUUAAUAUAAUCGGAGCGUUUGACGUCCCUCGGUUUAUCUACAAUCCAGAAAGGAAAAAGUUUUUACCUCUUGCGAUGACUGAGCACAGUGCCCCAAGGCUCUUUGGAACUGCUAAGGACAAAGCAGAACUGUUUCGUGAACGCUACACUAUAAUGCAGCAGCGAACACAUAGACAUGAAUUAUUUACACCUCCUGUGACUGGAUCAAAUCCCGAUGAGACGAGGAAUAAAUUUCAGCUAAAAACCAUAGAAACGCUUCUUGGCAACACAGCAAAGAUGGGAGAGAUCAUUGUUCUGGGGAUGAUAACACAGCUUAAAGAGGGAAAGUAUUUUCUUGAAGAUCCAACUGGGACGAUUCAACUUGACAUCAGCAAAGCCCAGUUCCACAGUGGGUUGUACACAGAAUCCUGCUUUGUUCUUACAGAAGGAUGGUAUGAAGAUGGUGUUUUCCAUGUGAAUGCAUUUGGAUUUCCACCUACUGAACCUUCCACUGUUACACGGAAUUAUUAUGGCAACAUCAACUUUUUUGGUGGGCCCUCUGCUACGUCAGUGAAAUCCUCUGCAAAAUUAAAGCAGUUAGAGGGAGAAAAUGAAGAUGCCAUGUUUGCUUUUAUCUCAGAUGUAUGGCUGGACCAGGUGGAAGUACUUGAGAAACUUCAUAUGAUGUUUUCAGGUUAUUCUGCUAUGCCACCUACCUGUUUCAUCUUCUGCGGUAACUUUUCAUCUGCUCCCUAUGGAAAAAAUCAGAUCAAAUCGCUGAAAGAAUCACUGAAAGCGCUUGCAGAUAUGAUUUGUGAAUAUCCGAACAUCCAUAAGAAUAGCCGUUUUGUUUUUGUUCCUGGUCCUGAAGACCCAGGUCCUGGUUGUAUCUUACCCAGACCUCCAAUUGCUGACUUCAUCACAGAGGAAUUCAGACAGAGAGUUCCCUUUUCUGUCUUUGCCACAAACCCUUGCAGGAUUCAGUACUGUACACAAGAGAUCAUCAUUGUCCGUGAAGACAUGGUUAACAAAAUGUGUAGAAAUUGCAUCCGGUUUCCCAGCAGUAACCUGGAUAUUCCAAAUCAUUUUGUGAAGACUAUCAUAUCACAAGGACAUCUAACACCCCUGCCACUGUAUGUCAGCCCUGUCUACUGGGCCUAUGAUUAUGCUCUUCGUGUGUAUCCAGUACCAGACAUGAUCGUCUUUGCUGACAAAUAUGAUCCAUUCAACAUAGUUCUAACAGACUGCAUCUGCAUCAAUCCAGGUUCAUUUCCACGGAGUGGAUUCUCCUUUAAGGUGUACUACCCCUCAAAUAGAACUGUGGAGGACAGCAAACUUCAGAGUCUUUGAAGAGGAAUUCCUACAAGAACAUUGGAAAAUUGAUUAAACUUGCACAUUAACAUUUUGAAAAUGUUCUGAUAAAUCUAGAUUUAUUGUAUUGGUAUUUUUAAUAAAUAAUUAAAA